UCGGCUGCGUUGCUUUUCUAGCGAUAUUGUGCAGAAGCGGUCUUUCCUUACACUGUAAUAGAAAUGAAGCCAUUUAUUGCAGCCGCUAUUACUCUCGUCUUGUUAUUUGCCGAUUUCAGCGACAGCAGCAGCCAGCACCAAUGGAAAACAAGGAAGAAACUGAUGCGGCAUUUUGGUAAAUCGGCCUCCCGGUACCAUUCAUCCUACCACCGGGUGCCGGCCCCGUUCGCAGCCAAUGCCAAUCCGCAGCUACCGAGCUACAUCGAGCCAAUGCCCAUUGAUCCGUAUCGCAUGCUGGGCAAAUGGUAUAACUACCUGUCGUACUUUCCCAACACCAGCAGCAGUGACCUAAGCUACAAUUACGUCACCUACUUCAAUAAUAUGGGCAACGAGACAAUCGCCCCGGGCACGGAUAUCCCGGCGCUGCUGGUGUUAACCUAUGAGAGCACUAUCGACCCGUCCUCAAUGUCAUGUGCGGAGGCCGUCGCGUUAACACACCUUCAGGCGGAUGGCGGACUACGGCAGACAUUUUUCGCCGAUUAUCGCACGGAUCCGGCGCAGUAUGCUAUUUCACUCUGGCAGGUUUUGGUGGCAUCCACAGACUACGAUUCCUACCUGUUCCUGUAUGAAUGCGUCCGUGUCAGCAACGCUAGUCGCCACGUCUGCGAGCAACCCUACGUGCAGGUGUAUACGCGCGACCGUCCGGAUUUACUCACCUCCGCCGUGAUAACGCGGGUAGCGCGGGAGACUGACCGCAUCCUGGGCCGGUAUUGCUUCGACGCUUCGCAAAUGCUGGCGAGCACAUGGUUUCCAACGUUGGGUGAAUGUCCACAGUAUCAGCCGACCGCUGACUGUUACACCAAACAGUACGACGCUUGGAAAUUCCUGGCGGGAACCGGACCGAAUAACGGUCGCAUGGCACCGCGUUACCAGCGGUUUGGCAAGCCCUUUUACCGCUAAAGUCGGUUUUUGCGCCGAUUUAACGUGUUUUGUCUUUUGCUGCAAAUCUCGACCAAUUUAAGCUUUGUGCAGCCGAAUAAACGUUUAGCACAAAUGUUUUUUUAUCUUC